AUGUGCCCCUGCGCUCUGCCCGGCCGCCCCCCGGCCGGGUGCUUCUGCAGCAACGGCGGCGGCGGCGGCGGCGGCGGGGGAGGCGGCAGCCCGGGCAGGGCGCGCGUCUCCGGAGCGCAGCUCACCGCGGCGCGCCUCCAGGCGAUCGGCGAUGAGCUGCAGGCGCGGACGGCGGCGCGGAGGGCGGCGCGGAGCCGCCGCGCGUCCGCCGGCACCAGCCUGGCCACUUCCUUGGCGCUGUUGGCCGCCCUGGCCUGGCUGAGCCGCAGGGGGCGCAUGUAG